AUGGCCUCAAUUGCACGAAGUCUACGCCCCUGCGCCUCACGGCUUAUAGUUCGGCCCAGCCAGCCAUAUCGCGCCCUUCCCUUCGCCGCGCGCGCCUUCUCGGCCUCCAGAGCAGCUCAGGUUAAGAGGUACUCCAAGGACCACGAAUGGGUUGAGAUGUCGGCGGACAACAAGACGGCCAUGAUUGGGAUCUCUGAGUACGCAGCCAGCGCUCUCGGCGACGUCGUCUAUGUCGAGCUUCCUACGGUGCCGAUGGAGGUGGCGGCGGGCGAUUCCAUCGGAGCCGUCGAGUCGGUCAAGUCGGCGUCGGAUAUCAUCUCGCCGAUUACGUGCAAGGUCACGGCGGUGAAUUCGCUGUUGGAGGAGAAGCCGGGAAGUAUCAAUCAGGGGCCAGAGGACGAUUCCGCGGCGGGUGGAUGGGUUGCGAAAGUCGUGGUUCCCGAGGCGGGGGUUAAGGAUUUUGAGGAGCUGAUGGAUGCGGAGAAGUACAAGGAGUUUACGGAGGAAUAG